AUGUGCGGUCUAUUAUUAUUACUACUGCUCUUCGGCAGCUGCUCUGCUGACCUAUUCACAGCAAUAGCCGAUAUGCAACGGAUGCUUGGAGCUGAAAAGGAGGUUACCACCGUCAUUGACAAGUACAUCGAGGCCGAACAGAAACGACUGGAAGAGCUGAAACGAUUCGCUGACGAGUAUAUCGAUCGCAAUAAAGAUGCCGAGGACGUUGGGCCCGACUUUGUCACAAAUCCGAUCAACGCCUAUCUUCUCAUAAAACGUUUAACCACGGAGUGGAAAAAGGUCGAAGACAUUAUGCGUACGAAUAAGGCUGAAAGCUUCAUCAGAAACAUAACAGAAAAUCGGAUUCGAAGCCAGGUGGGAAGAGCUGCAUACAAUCAACGAGACUACUACCAUACUUUGACAUGGAUGCAGACGGCAAUGAACAGACUGGAACAUGAAAAUCCGAGAACAAUCGAGGAAGAAGAGGUUUUGGAAUACCUCGCAUAUGCUCUCUACCAACAGGGUAAUGUCCGUCGAGCUCUCGCAUUGACGAAGAGGCUAGCAGCACUUGCUCCCAACCAUCCACGGGCCAAAGGAAAUGUGAAAUGGUACGAGGAUAUGUUAGAAGGCAAGGAUAUGGAAGGCGAGCUACCACCAAUUGUCAACAAACGAGUGGAAAAUGAUGGAAUCGUUGAGCGAGAUGCAUACGAAGCGUUAUGCCGAGGCGAGGUACCACCUGUGCCACCCGAGGAAGAGAAGAGGCUCUACUGCUAUCUGAAGAUGGACAGGCCAUAUCUUCGCCUUGCUCCUAUCAAAGUCGAAAUUCUACGGCUCGAGCCACUAGCAGUACUCUUCAAAGAAGUUAUGUCUGAAUACGAAGCUGAAGUAAUCAAAGCAACAGCUACGCCCAAGCUCAAACGUGCUACUGUACAGAAUGCCGUGACGGGUGAUCUAGAGACAGCCAGCUACCGUAUUAGUAAGAGUGCAUGGCUAAAGGAGGAAGAACAUGAGGUGAUCGCUCGAAUAAAUAGAAGAAUCGGUGAUAUGACGAAUCUCAAUCAGGCUACUUCAGAGGACUUACAGGUGGCCAACUAUGGACUUGGGGGUCAUUAUGAUCCACAUUUCGAUUUUGCAAGAAUAGCCAAUUAUGGCAUCGGUGGUCAUUAUGCUCCUCAUUUUGAUAUGUCAACGAGAGGCGAAAAGGAACCCUAUCGAGAGAAUGGCAAUCGCAUCGCUACCGUGUUGUUUUAUAAGGAGGAAAAGAACGCCUUCAAGACUCUCAACACUGGCAAUAGACUUGCGACCGUCCUGUAUUACAUGACGAAGCCAGAACUAGGAGGAGCGACCGUUUUCAAUCACCUCGGAACCGCUGUCUUCCCGUCCAAGUUUGACGCACUCUUCUGGUACAAUCUGAUGAGAAGUGGCGAGGGUGAUCUGCGUACAAGGCAUGCUGCAUGCCCAGUAUUGCUCGGCGUGAAAUGGGUAUCAAAUAAAUGGAUUCACGAACGUGGACAGGAGUUCACCCGCCCUUGUGGCCUGGACGAAGACGUUCAGGAGUACUUUGUUGGAGAUCUCGCUCCUCAUUCCCGUAAGAGAAAAAGCAAGUGA